AAUACGCGAUCUGAUUGGUGGAGAGCUCUAAAGGAGGCAUCUGAUUGGGCGAGGAGAGGGGAGGAGCUGUCCAUGGUCGGGGGCGGAGCUGUCCGUGGUAGGGGGCGGAGCUGUCCAUGGUCAGGGGCGGAGAGAACUGGGAAGGAAUGGAGCGGGGGUUGCCCUUCGCUGUCCCUGUUGCCAAGAAGGGGGAAUUGGGCAAAAAACACCCGGAAAAGGCAUUCGAGACUUAAAUCUGAUAGAAAACAGAGUUAUCUUUUAUAUUUCUCCCGUUAAUACGGGGAGGAAUGGAGGUUCCGUCCCAUUGUCCUCCAGGCGAAAAAACCGGGACAGCCUCACCGGGAAAAAACUUUGGUUUUGACCUUGAUUCUAAUAGAAAACCAGCUGCUGUUUGUUCCUCCGAUUGUUUUCUUGCUUGUUUGCCCCAUUAAAACACAGCGCUGGGCACUGUCCCAUUGCUGUGCCUUCUCAUCCCCCUGGACUCAACUCAGCCCCGUCCCCUCAUGCACUGACCCCUCGCUUUAAUCCGAUUGCCGCUAUGAAUAGCAGCCGAGAGAGGGCAGGGAAGGGGGAGGGGAGGUUGUGUGGCUCAUCCCGCCCCAUUUGGGCACUCACUGCUCUGCACAUCCCCCUUAUGGCUUCUCUGUUCGCUGGGAAAGUGUUGCUCGUCAACAACAGGGACCGGGAUGAGGUGGAGACGGAACGGGAGCUGUGUUUGGUGCUGGAGAACAGGGUGGUUCUGCUGUAUUUUGGGGCUGCCGAAUGCCCGCGGUGCAGGAGAUUCGUGCCGAGGUUGAAGGAUUUCUUUGUGAGGUUGACGGAUGAGUUCUACGUGGAAAGGGCAUCGCAGCUGUGUUUGGUGUACGUGUCCCGAGAUGCCACCGCACAGCAGGAGGAGGCCUUCCUCAAGUCCAUGCCCAAGAGGUGGCUGUCGUUACCCUUCGGGGAUGAGUUCAAGAGGGAACUGGAGCUGCGCUUUGAGGUGUCUGAGGUGCCCAGGGUGGUGGUACUGAAACCCAACGGGGACGUCAUCGUUGGGAACGCUGUGGAUGAGAUCACCAGGAUGGGUCCUGCCUGCUUCCAGAACUGGCAGGAGGCAGCAGAGCUGGUGGACAGGAAUUUCCGACUGGCAGAAGAUUUCGAUGACUGUGCCAGGAGGAGCAUCACCGACCCCCUCCGGCGCCUCAAGUACAAACUGGGCAAGGGGGAGGAAUCCAGGAGUGAAGAGCAGAAAGAGGAGGGUGAUGAGUCCUCAUAGGGGCUGGUUGGGACGUCCCUUGGGUUGUUGUCCCACAGUGAUCAACUGGGGACAUCCCUUGGGUUGUUAUUGUCCCUAUGUGAUCAAUUGGGGUCAUCCCUCGGGUUGUUAUCCUGAUGUGAUCAAUUGGGGACGUCCCUUGGGUUGUUGUCCCUAUGUGAUUAAUUGGGGAAGUCCCUUGGAUUGUCCCUCUGUGAUUGACUGUGAAUAUCCCUUGGGAUGCUGUGCCAAUGUGAUCAAUUGGGGGACAUCCUUUGGGUGUGAAUCCCAACACGAUUGAUUGGGGAUGUCCCUUUGGUUGCUGUCCCAACAUGGUUGAUUGGGCAAGAGGGAAGAAUCAGAGAGUGAAGAGCAGAAAGGAGACAGUGAUGAGUCCUCAUAGGAGCUGGUUGGGACAUCUCUUGGGUUGUUUUCCCACUGUGAUCAAUUGGGGUCAUCCCUUGGGUUGUUAUCCUGAUGUGAUCAACUGGGGACAUCCCUUGGGUUGUCCCUCUGUGAUUGACUGGACAAACAAACUCGUUCUGCCCCCUCACAUGGCUCCUGUUGCCCUCUGUUACUCAUUUAUGGGUCCCCCAAUUCCACCACAAGGGGAAGAGCCAAGAGUUUAGAAGCUCAUGGGAUGUGAAGGAUCUGGGCAAUGCAGGCAGGUAGAUGGAGAGGCUGCGCGAGGUCGGCUGGUUCGACUUGUUUUCUCACUUAAUCCUCUUUGCCCAGCAAGUUGGACAGGUAGGUGAGGAAUAAUCCCAUAAAACAAAUGGUUGGGAGGGACACCGCGUUAGAAACGUCCUUCUCUGGGUGCUCCCUGCGUUCUGUAUGGCACUGAGUGAAUAAAACCUGAAAGUCCUUUCGGGUGAUGGAGGAGUCAAACUGUGCUGUCUGCUGUGCUCCUUGUGGUCACCAAUGGGGCAAUGCUGCGUUUCCUUGGGGCAACGUGAGACAGCUGAGGGAAGAAAUAAGGAUUUUAAUGACAAAUAAUGAAUGUGGAGAAAUGGGAAGGAGGUGAAGGGCGACGUUUCCACCUCAAAGUGAAUACCGAGGCUAUAAAUUGGCACUCAGGUGCUGCUCGUGCCCAUGUCAAUAGAAAGACACCCAACACUGGAAUUUAUUGAGAGAAAAAUAACAUAAAAGGUGGACUUUUAUCAGCCCUACCCAUCAGGUUUUUGACCCACUCGGUUUUUAACUCAUUGAGUUUUUAACCCAUUGGAUUUUGAACGGAUUGUCUUUUUAAGCCAUCGAGUUUUUAACCCACGUUAUGGAUGUGAGAAGAGGUGAUGCUGAGCAAUCCAAAGUAAUGCUAUGUAGAGUAGGUCGAAUCAUCAUGGAGUCAUAGGAUGGGCUGGGUUGGAAGAGGCCUUAAAGAUCAUGGAACUGAUGGAGGUUGGGUCCUUGAAGAUAAUGGAACCAUGGAGUGGGUUGUGUUGGGUCCUCAAAGAUAAUGGAACCACGGGAUGGGUUGGUUUGGGUCCUCAAAGGUUGUAGAACCAUGGAAUCAUAGGAUGGAUUGGGUUGGUGGAAUCCUUAAAGAUCAUGGGACAGCUUGGGAAGUCCUGCACGAAGCUCAGCUUCAGAAGAGGUGGGAAAGAGCAGUGCUGUUCAGGGGAACUCAACAUGAUAAGAACCCUGAAACUUGAAGGGAGGGGAAAACUCACAGCUCACCUCCACAGCUUCAGAUCAGGACGGAGACAUAUUCAUUUGUUCCAAACAUUAAACAUAUUGGUGUCAUACUUGCUUUGCUUU